GCGAAUAUAAAAUUGUAAUUCACAAUUGAUUUUAAAUAAAGAAAAAUAUAAAUAAUAAAUACAGACGUUUACUUUUAAAUUUGAAACUGUGAUACUAGUAUAAAAUCAGAUUAAUCUUUUCAUGAAUUAGAGUUCAAAAUGUCAUUUCGAUUUAAACCAACAGAAUUACAACAUUUUAAUUGGAUGUUUAAUCUAGCACCAUGUUUUCCUGUUAAUGCCUCAAAAAUAAAUAUUAUAAAUGAUCCCAACAAAUUUUAUGACACCAUAUACGAAAGAUUUAAAAAUGCCAAACAUAGAAUUUCUUUAGCCAGUUUAUAUAUAGGCACAGGUGAAUUAGAAAAAAAAUUGUUAGAGGUUACAGUACAUAACGUUAGAAAUAGGAAAGAUUUAAAUUUUCAUGUUUUACUUGAUUAUCAACGAGGCACUCGGGGCAAAGAUAACUCACAAACAUUAUUUCGUCAAUUUGUAAAUGGUAUUUCUGAUAGAUGCCAUUUAGCUUUGUAUCAAACACCAAGACUUCAUGGAACAUGGUCUAAAGCUCUUCCCUCUCGUUACAACGAGAUUGUGGGUCUUCAACAUAUGAAGCUAUAUAUUGCUGAUGAUUCUAUAAUAUUGAGCGGAGCAAAUUGUUCAAAUGACUAUUUUCAACAACGACAGGAUCGUUACAUAGAAAUUGAGGAUCAAGAUUUAGCAAAUUUUUAUUGUGAACUAAUAGAUGAAGUAGCAAAGCAUAGUAAACCAGAUCAUUCUGAUUCUAUAACUAGUAAUAUAUCUAAAGAAGUUGUUAUUAAACAAGUCAAUCAAAAUAUUACAUAUCUAAUUAAUAAAUGGAAAGACAGACAAGCUUCUAAAUUAUCAUCCCUCAAUGAAAGUAUUAAAGAUAAAGACACAUGGGUAUUUCCUCUGAUACAAAUGGGGGAAUUCAACAUAAAUCAAGAUGAACAAGCAACUUGUAAAAUUUUAUCUUCGGCACCAGAAGGAUCUCUUUUUCGUUUAGCAACUGGUUAUUUUAAUUUGACUGAAAAAUAUGCUGAUAUUUUACUUGGAAAAUGUAAAGCGAGUAUAAGUCUGUUGAUGGCACAUCCAAAUGCUAAUGGAUUCAUGGGAGCUGCAGGACCGGCUGGUGGUAUACCUCAUGCUUAUUCAUUAAUUGCAAGGAAAUUUUGGCAGCAAGUUGUUAAUUAUGACCAAAUGAACAGAGUACAGAUAUUGGAAUAUGAAAGAACAGGAUGGACUUUUCAUGCAAAGGGGCUAUGGUACUAUCCCCCAAGUAGCAAUGUGCCGUGGGCGACGGUGGUGGGUUCUGCUAACUUGGGCGAGCGUUCAGUACGGCGAGACCUUGAAGCUCAAGCUGCAAUAUUUACCUCUUCACUCGAUUUACAGGAAAGACUUCACAAUGAGUGUUCAAGACUUCAUGACUAUGCUUCUGAAUGUAGUACAGACUUGCAGAAGAGACAAGCGCCGUUAUGGGUACGGGUUACUGUAGGAUUAUUUAGAACAUAUUUUUAAAUGUAAUUUUAUAUUUCAAUGGAACUUGUAGUGUACACAGGAUACCUUAUAUAUGUACCUAAUUCAUAUAUUGAAAGUUCCUGUACUUGAGACUUUGUUGGCGUGGAUGUUAUGCAAUCCAGGCUAGAUUGAAUAAAGGCAAGGUAACCUAAAGCCAAAUAUAUUUUAAAAGACGCUGAAUCUGCUAAGUUCGCCUGCCUUUUUCAAUUAGGAUACAGUUAAGGAAUUGUUCCCAAAAGACAUUAAUAAUAAUUAUUUAUGUUUCUCUGUAAUAUUUAUUACGAAAAAGACAAAACUAUACUAAUAUGAUAUAACGGACGCAGGUCAGACAUCCUAGUUUCAAAGUUAAUUUAAUACAAUAAAAUAUAUUAUUUUUGUAUAAUUUUGAAUAAGUAGUUUUGUAUAUUUUGUACCUAAUGUUUUCUGAACCUUUGGAUUUGUUUACAAAAUUCUACAGAUCACAAAUUGAGAACGGAGUUAUGGCUGUACAUUUCUUUAGUAUCUGGACAAUACCGUUACACUGAGUUAUCAGUAUAAUCAAGAAUACAUUGUGUUAAAUUAAUCUAGUCAGGUCUUGAUCCAAUAGUAAUAUUUUUAAAGAAAUUGUGUUGCUAAAAUGUUGUACCUAUAUCAAGAGCCAAUUAAUCUAGUUGUGAAAAAAUUUUGCUUAUCAAAAUAAUUAUAUUUAUAAAAUGAAACAUAACAUUGGCACAAAAAGCGGUCUCAUCACUGUAUGGAAUAAUUAGCCUUGUAGGUGAUCUUGACCAUUUUUUUUUUAUUUUUCGAUUAUAAAAAAAAAAUCAAAAUUUCCGUAAUAGCAAUAAAUUGUGUUAUGUAUGUUAGAUUUCGUUUAUACGUCUUAUUGGUUUAGGCUUGAUAUUUGUAUAAGUAUCUCUCCAAAUAUUUUUUUUAUUAUUCCUGUUGGGUUAAUAAGAAAAUUCUAUUUGAGUGUAUAAAUUAUUUUAAGUAUGAAAUUAAAUUGUAUUUUAGCUACGUUUUAAUGUAAUUUUAAUGUAAGGGUUGGGAUACACUUGAGCUUAAAAUAUCAACAUCCACAUUAAAAACUCCCGUUUUUAUAUAAGAUUUAAAAAUAAUUAAAAAAUAGUACAAACUAAAAUAUACAGUAUUACGCUUUAGUUAAAUAUAAAAAUAGAAAUAUAUUAUUUUACGUUGCUUUAUUCUUAUUAAAAGUACUCUAAGAAAAAUAUCUCGUUUAACUGACAACGUAAAAAAUAAUCGCA